AUGGAGGAUUUCAAAGAGAUAGAGGGCCUGCUCGAGAGCGCCCGACCCGACGACGACGAGAACACCACCACGCUUCAAAACAUCCGAAAGUAUGCAAAGCUCGCUCUACCGCACAUCGUCCUCGUCGUCUGUGUGUGUAUCUACGCAACUAUCGGCGCGUGGAUAUUCUACACACUCGAGUCGCCCAACGAAGAUCGGCUGAAGGAGACGGGCAGGAAGACGAUCGUCGAGAUGAGGAACAAUUUGAUUCAUAAGAUCAAUCAUAAUGAUGAAAAAGAAUGGAAGCAAGACAUCGAGAAAGAGCUGAUGUUAUACAGUGAGAAAUUGUACAAGGCGUUUAAAGAGCAAUAUGUUAGGUACUCGGAUGUUCGAAAUCUAGGAUAUGAGUAUCGCGUGGGCAGUGAAGAGGAUGAUGGGGAUAAUGAGAGGAAGAGGAGGCAUAGGCACGGAAAAAAUCGCGGCGAAAAAGGGUCGGAAAAGAUGUGGACGACGAGUAGCGCGCUGUUUUUCGCCGCCACCACCAUGGCGACAAUAGGAUACGGUAAUAUCGUUCCGGUGACACCACUGGGAAGACUGGCGUGUGUUCUGUUCGCUCUGUUUGGUGCUCCAAUUGCUAUCAUCACUAUUGGAGAUCUCGGAAAAUUUCUGUCCGAGUGCACGAUAUGGCUCUACAAGCACAUGCGAAAAGGAUCCGCUAGAAUGGAAACGGCAUGGCGUCGAUUUCGCGGCCUCGAGGAUAGCAUAAACGACGAUUUGGAGAGCGCCAGCAAGAAUCAAGAAUCGUCAAUUCUCGACAUGGAAAUGGACGAGAUUGACAAGUCGGAAGUGCCAGUGCUCAUGGUUUUCACGAUUAUUUUGCUUUACAUUGCUUUCGGAGGGAUACUGUUCUCGAUCCUUGAAGAUUGGUCGUAUAUGGAUGCGUUUUAUUAUUCAUUCAUCUCACUGACUACGAUAGGAUUUGGAGAUAUUGUUCCGGAAAAUCAUGACUACAUCGCCAUCAUGCUCAUCUAUCUCGGCGUUGGCCUCUCUGUCACCACAAUGUGUAUUGAUUUGGCUGGUAUUCAAUACAUCCAAAAGAUCCAUUACUUUGGAAGGAAGUUCCAAGGUACCGAUCUACUGCAAUAUCUGAAAAAGAAGAGAAUGCUGGAAAGGAGGUUGGCAAUGGGGCAAGGAGAAGAGAUUCUGAGGAAGUAUGUGCACGCAGUGGAGAAGUUCGAGCGAGAACAAGAACAGCAACUGCAACAGAGGAUAGAGGAUGAACCGCCGUCGAUAGAGUCAAAGGCGUUUGAUAAUAGUUUGAUGAGAAUCGACGAUUCCCUAUCCGCAUUCCAACUUCGAUUCUAUGACACGUACGACGAGGAAGACCUCUUCUCGCCGACGAUUCACUCGGUUCGAAGUUUCCAGCCGAGUGUUUGGAGUCAUUCGUCGGCAAGAUCCACAAGUUACUGCCGCUUCCAACGAAACCGAGGUGCCAGCUGGGACGAGUCGGGUCCGUCACUAUCCGAACAUUGCUCAUUAUCGACAGAGCCUUCUGUACAUAUCAGACAAGCCUACUGGGAUAACUAUCAUUCGCCGACACCAUCAGUGAUAUCAUUUUUACACCGUCACUUAUACUCACCUUCUGUAGCUUCAUCCAUAUCAUUUGAUUACGAUUGCUUGGCAAAAGACGCGAAAUCAGCUCGCCGAAGUAACUCUUGCCCUCCAAUCGAUCUUCCCUCUCCACCACCAUCAAAUUCGGUAAGUCAACGACCCCUCUCCGCCCGAACGUCGUCGUCCCGUCCAAAGCAUGCAUACGCAGCGGAGCCCAUCUUCUCCGCUGCUCCGCUUUCGUUUCGCUUACCAGAACCAUUUAUGCUUUCCAACCUGGCCGCUAUCUGUGACGCUUUCGACAUGGAUGCAUGUAACAAUCUUGUGUUUGGUGCUUUCCGAGAAUCUCAAUUGGCAUCGAAUCGUCAUGAUGGUGACGGGCUAGAUGAGUGCGCAAUGCGACCGCCCCCAAUGGUUGCACAGGCUCCUCAUGUGCCCAAACUUUUGUUAUCACCUAAACGCUUAUCAGUGAUUGAUGAGAAUAAGAUUGCGACGUCACCAGAGCCCCUUUUGAAGAGAAAACAUAAAGAACGGGUUGCUAAGCAACAGAAUCCUCUGACAUCGUUUGAUUGGCUCAAUGUGAGUCCGAGAAAGUUUCGACCGGAGCUUCUAAUCAAGGAGGAUCUUCCAAAAUUGUUCAAAUUGGUUAGAAAUUCUACAAAACGAUCGCUGGAAUCGCCAACGCAGACUUCCGAAACAACUCUACCGGAUUUGUCAUGUGAAUCCAGCCCUGAUUCGGUGGUUUUAAUUAGUCCACGGUCGACCCAUUUUUCAUCAAAAUACUUCCAGCCAAUCGGUCUCGCCUGCAUGCAGGACUGGGAUUCGUACAUUCAGAUGCUUGAAGAGGCAUCCCGCCAGUUCGAGUAUCCACCAGAAGACAUUGAAGAGGCGGAGGAGGAAGAGGAGUUUGAGGAAGAGGAAGAGGUGGAAGAUGAGAGAGAAUGCAUACCUCAUGUUUGUAUCCGACUACGAGUGUCCGGAAUCUUCACCUCAUCGAUCGCGACGACGUCAUCAAAGGAACAGCUACAUUCGGCGCCGAAGGUCUACUAUCAGCCAAGGCCUUCUCGACUGACACAGUGCUCAAAUCUGAGCAAUCGGAGCUACGAACUACCCGAGAUUAUUCCAGAGGAAGUGCACGAGACAAAAAUACCCAGUCCCGUCUCUUUCGAACCACAAUCAUCGGAAUCCGAAGAAGAGCCGAUGGCAGUGUACGUGGAGGAAGAGAAGCGGAUACCUCAAAACGAUAUUGAUUUGGGCGCGUUUGAGUUGGUGGAUUCUGUUGAACACCCAUUGGAUUCAUUCCAACUUGAAGGCAUUUUGAGAAUCGGCAAGAACGACACAUGCAGCGAACACCUGGAAAAAUAG